UUUGUAUUCUUUGGAUACCUUGACGCAGUUUUGUAGUGGUCCUUGAUUGAUGGAUGUGUAUGUUUUAAAUUCGUUAGAGAAACUCAAAAUAGGGUAGUACCCUGAAAAAAAUAGAUAAAUAUAAAUAGUUAAUGGUUCUAUGUGACAAAUUAGAGUGGAGUGUGAGACAAAUCGCACGUAAAUGGUAAUGGAAAAAUACGAUGACACCAACUGGCUUGAUCGGAGCCCUGGCCAAGAAGAAGAGAAAAAGACACAUGCGCAGAAACUAGAAAAGAAAAAUAACGUUUUACCAUUGUGGGGGAAUGAGCGGACCAUGAAUCUUAACCCAUUGAUUUUGACAAACAUCCAGUCAUCUCAUUACUUCAAGGUCAAUCUAUAUGAACUCAAAACAUAUCAUGAGGUCAUUGAUGAAAUUUAUUACAAGGUUACCCAUCUAGAGCCAUGGGAGAAAGGUAGCAGGAAAACAGCUGGCCAGACUGGAAUGUGUGGCGGAGUUCGUGGAGUUGGUGCAGGUGGUAUUGUCUCAACAGCUUAUUGUUUGCUAUAUAAGCUGUUUACGCUAAAGUUAACAAGGAAACAAGUGAAUGGUCUCUUAACCCAUCCAGAUUCACCUUAUAUUCGAGGCCUGGGGUUUAUGUACAUAAGGUAUACUCAGCCUCCACAAGAUUUGUGGGACUGGUAUGACCCUUAUUUGGAAGAUCCAGAGGAAAUGGAUGUCAAAGCUGGUGGUGGCCAAGUUAUGACUAUUGGUGACAUGCUCAGAGCAUUCCUGACAAAACUGGAGUGGUUUUCAACCCUUUUUCCUAGAAUACCUGUACCUAUUCAGCAAAAACUCGAAAAAAAGAUGUUAGAAAGAUUUCCUCCUGUAGUAUCACCCUCACGGCCACUGAAGCAAUCACUACCACCACUGCAGUCAAGCAAAGAGGCAAGACAUAUCCCUGAUGAUGAAGUGUCUUUUGGGGAAGCAGAACGAUUUUCAAGGCUCAGGAGGACGGAUGCACCUCCACCAAGAGAGAGGCGGCAAUCACCAGAUAGAGCCAGAAGCAAAGAAAGGGAGAGAGAUAGGAGAAGAGCUUACAGUUCUGAGAGGCGAAAUAGCAGAGAAAAACAUCACAGAAAUAGCAGAGAAAGGAGAAGCUCGUACAGCCGCGAGAGGAGUCCUUUGCGCCAUCGAGAAAGAACACAUGUACAUAGAACAAAAAAUGGCAGGGAAACCCCUGUUCGUCGAAGCUCACCUGAUGAUUUUGCUGCAGAGCUCAGAAGAGAAAAGGAACGUCAGAAACGAGAGAGAGAAAAAGAGAGGGAAAGAGAAAGAGAACGGGAUAAAGAAAAAGACCGACACAGAGAUAAAGACAGGGAUCGAGAACGGGAUAGGGAAAGAGACAGAGAAAAAUUGAGGGAAAGGGACCGUUCUCGUGACAGGGCUCAUGAACGCUCUAGGGUCUGGGACAGAGAGGAUUCCCGUGACAAAGAUCGCAGUCGAGAUAAGGAUAAAGACUUGGAUCGUGCUUAUGACAAAGAGAGGGAUUAUUCUCGAGAAACACGCCAUAAAAGGAAACGGAGCUGAAAUUUGCAGACACUUUGUAUUAUUGAGUGUGUGUCAGAGAGAGGGGGGGAGAGAGAGAGAGAGAGAGAGAGAGAGAGAGAGAGAACUGAAUGCAGUCUCCGCUCUACAGAACUUAAAGAUUUUGAUAUUGUGAGCUGUAUGAAUGCUGUAUAGGUGGCUGUAUUUGCUGUAACUUCUAAUUUGUGAGAAGUUGAUACAAAGAUCAUUUAAAUUAAAACUGGGAACAAUACAAUUUGAUAGAUUAAAUAUCUCAAAUCAUUACAAGAAAUGCAGGAACUAUUUUUGAUCAUCAAAAAUUUCAGCUUUUAUUUUGAAACAAAGGAAAUUUGUUUUGAGCUUUAUUUCAAGAGUGGUUCUUGAAUUGUUGUUAAAAGAUGGCAUAGUGUGAGAAUUUUUGUAAAGAAAUAUUAACUAAAUUAUUAAAAAUGUGAGACUGCGUGUUAGCCAUGUGUGAGCCUAUGAAAGCAGUUCAUUGCAUAUCACUUUCAAGUAGUGUGUUUUAUUUGUUUGACUAUAGAAUUAAGUCUACAGAAAUGUAAUUUACUUGUAGAUAAAAGUGUACGCCAAACAUGUUUCCUCACUAAAACUUGGUCAAAUUUGUACCUAAUUUUUCACCUUCUACCAGUAGAGUUUGUGGAGAUAACUGUUAAGGUUGCCUGAUAUUUACUGGUUUGAAAUGCUUUUACUUCAAGCACAUCAAAACAAUACUGUUUGUGCAGUAAGGAUAGUAGUUGUAGUCACUGGCCUCAAACUGAUAUGAGGUCUGUCACACACAGGUCUCAUCCUAGAUAACAGUCCAUAAUUGUUACGAGUGAAGAUCACAGAAUGUGAGCCUGAAUGAAAACACUAAUGCCAUAUCGGUACCAGUCAAAAUAUUAUCUUAACUGUGUGUUUGACCUGAAGUGCUAAGAUGUCAAUGAUCUAUCAUUACAAAGUAAUCAGAAAUGCCUUGAUUACAAACAACGGCUCAGUACAAAGCAGAUUUAAUAUCAGUUACCACAAUUUGUUCGGCUAAAUCAUCCAGUGUUGAAUAACAAUCUUGACAUUGUUCCAGUGCUUCACAUAAUCAUAUUUUGUAUUUAACAAGAUAUGAACUUUUUGUUGAUAUGUCCCCCCCCCUCUCACCCCUCCCCCACUGGAUUUCACACCCACAUCAAAAAUGGAUUUUUGAUACUGAUUAUAAUAAACUCACUCCCAUUUGUAACCUUACUGUAACUGCAUUUUACAGUUAUGGUAAUUUUUCUGGCUGUCAACAAGUAUACCAUAGUAAAUAUAUUGUUACAUAUUGUUUUUCACAAAGUAUAGUGAAAUAUUUUAAGUUUUGAUUUUUUACAAAAUGGGACACACAACAUCUUCUGUGAAUCAUGGCUUUUGAAUUGUCAUAUAUCUUUUAUAAAUAUCAUGUAUCAUUUGUCAGUGUUCCUUUGAAUCUUGUUAGUUCAUGUGUAUUGUGGAUGGUGCAACUCAGUUUUUCACAACAAACUAUUCCUAUUUUUUUAAUUGUGUAAUUUUCAUUCUUUCUCAUAUGCAUGUUGGAUUAUGGCUCACCUCCUCCCUCUCUUAUGUUUUUGCAGUAUUAAUUUUUCAUCUAAAUUUUAACAAUGCUGUGUGGUUUUUUACAUCUUUUUUUCUUUUCUUUC